AUGACAGCUGACGGAAUAUCCGUAGCCAAAGGACUGAUCAUUAAUGAAGUAACGUCAAUGGCAUUGUCAACUCCUUCUUCAUUCUGUAAUGAACACAAAGCACCAAUUAGUACUUCCAAAUUCGGAUCAUAUUUGAAAAAAUGUGGCAUGUUAUUAACACCAACAAGAAAAGUAACACCACCUUCACUUUUAAGAAGUACGACUAUUAAACAAGAAAUUUCUCUGUACUCGAUAAUAUCUAAAAUGAAUUAUGAUUUAUCGUUAUUUGGGUUAGAAUACGGUCGCGAGCUACCAUUAUUAUCAACCUUGAUUAAAAAGUAUCUAGCAAUACCAGCUACAAGUGUAGCUAGCGAAAAAGGGUGUAAAUUAUAUGUUCGUGAAUGGAGUGCCUUUGAUUGUACAUCAAAAUGUGCUACUAAACAUUGCCCGUGCAGGAAAAUCGAAUGUCGCAUGUUAAAUAAAAUGCCAUUCGAAACAUGGACAAUUCAUCGUCUAUAUCAAUUUAAAAAACAUCAACGUCCAUAUCGUAUAAUAUUAAUACGUCAUGGUGAAUCACUGGCUAAUGUUGAUAAAACAAUUUAUACACGUAUACCUGAUUCACAAAUAGAUUUAACAGACGCAGGUAUUGAACAAGCACGUCAAGCUGGUAAACAAUUAAGAGAAAUUAUACGUAAUGAAACACUCUACGUUUAUCUAAGUCCAUAUAAACGUAGUAAACAAACAUAUGAUGCUAUUGCAAGGUGUGUAUUAAAGUGACAGUUAUAGAAAUGAAGUGAGAGAUAGAAUGUACUCCAGUUUCGCUCAGGGACCUAACAGCUCGUGUACGAUGGAUCCGAUUGAAAGUUCUGACAGUGACCGUGACCUCUGAUCGGAAUUAUAGAAGCUAGAAUUACACGGAUCGUAAAAUACCUUUUAGAGAAAACAUUUUUUUGACUCUCUGUGCGUAAAAACGGAUGAAGUUAGUCCAUGAAAAUGUGUUUCCGCUUUUUUCAGUAUUAUGACAAAAAUUUUUCUCAUUUUUGAAUUUUUAUUCCGCAUUUCUGAUCUGAGCAUCUAGAAACUCUGCUCAAGACUGUCGCAAGGAAUAAGUGCCUUAUUUAACAGACAGCUAAGAAAGGAAGAAACGUUUCUUGCUGCAAGAAAUGUCCCACUUUCUUGUUUUUUUCUUGCUUUCUUGCAGCUUCUUGCAUCAAGAAGUUCAACUAGGGACGGUCAAUAACGUAUACGAAGCUUUUUCAAUGUUGAAUUUCUUGCUUAUUAAUACACCUGGUGUUUAAGACUCAAACUGUGUUGCUAGAUAGAGUUAAGUAUCAGGCAAUUUUUGACAAAGUUUGGGAGUGGUACUGUAUUUGUUUUCCGCUCUACAAAAUCCGGCAUAAACAGUAUCUUUACUAUACUUUCUUACCGAGUUGAAAAUGUUUUUCAUCUCAUGUCAGUAAAUGGUCAAACUGCAAAGCAGAUCGGGGAGUAAACCGUAAAUAGAGUGUUUUCUUCAAAUGAAAAGCAUUUACAGUUAAACAAAAUCUUGUCUCGUGUGACAUUAAAGAAACAGAGGAACAAGAAAAGCAAAGAAAGCAAC